GCAUCUGCCUAUCUUAAGCAGGGCAAAUACAAAGAAGCCGAGGAACUUUACAAAGAAGUAUUGACUCGAGCCCACGAAAAUGAGUUUGGUCAAAUUUCGGACACAAAUAAACCUAUAUGGAUGCUUGCAGAGGAGCGCCAAGCUGGUAGAUUGCCUCCUUCAGUAAUGAGAGAUACUAAUAAUCCUCAUCAUGGCAUGUGGAUGCGUGCAACAAAGCUUGAUAACUCCACUGUAUUUACGACUCUGAAAAACCUGGCCGCCUUGUAUCGUCGACAAGGUAACUUUGAUGCAGCAGGGACUAUAGAAGAAUGUACUUCUGGAGGUGGCACCGUAAGACUACCUUCACUUAAUCUCUGUCUCAACUAG